GGCGUGGUCAGCGGACACCCGGAAGUGCACUGAACGCUGCGGAGUAAUGUCAGCUCCUGAGGAGGAAGCCCGGCGGGUGUACGCGGAGAACUUCGGAGGGAAUGGGCCUGACAUCGCCGUGUUCGCCCCCGGCAGGGUGAAUCUGAUCGGGGAGCACACGGAUUAUAACGGAGGCUUCGUGCUGCCUAUGGCUCUACCUCUCGUCACGGUUAUGGUAGGGACCCGCCGGGAUGAUGGAAAGAUCUGCAUUGUUACUACUGCCGAGGGGGCUGAUGAGCCGAAAAAAGUGGAAUUUAAUACCCCGAGUGAGAACAGCCCUCUAACCCCGGGGGCGCCAAAAUGGGCUAACUAUGUGAAAGGUGUUAUUCAGCAUUACAGAGCUGGCCCUGUUCCUGGGUUUAAUGCCGUGGUUGCCACCAGUGUGCCACUGGGCGGAGGGCUGUCCAGCUCUGCAUCUCUAGAAGUUGCUUCCUACACCUUCUUGCAACAACUGUGCCCAGAUGACGGCGAUCUUGUUCAGAAGGCACUUACCUGUCAAAAAGCUGAACAUACAUUUCCUGGAGUGCCCUGUGGGAUCAUGGACCAGUUCAUAUCUGUAAUGGGUAAAGAGGGCUAUGCUCUGCUCAUCGACUGCAGGUCUCUAGAAGUAAAACCGCUUCCCCUGACUGAUCCCAAGUUAUCCAUUCUCAUCACUAAUUCUAAUGUCCGGCAUGAACUAACGGGCAGCGAGUACCCCACCCGCAGAAGGCAGUGUGAGGAGGCAGCAAAGGCUCUUGGUAAAGAGAGUUUGAGGGAUGCCAGUCUGGAAGAACUGGAGGCCAGAAAGGACUGUCUUAGCGAGGUGUGCUACAGACGAGCCCGCCAUGUCAUCUCGGAAAUAGAGCGCACCACCAAGGCGGCCGAAGCUUUAGAGAACGGGGAUUACCGACUGUUCGGUAAAUUGAUGGUGGAGAGCCACAACUCAUUGAGGGAUGAUUAUGAGGUCAGCUGUCCAGAGCUGGAUGAGUUGGUGUCGAUAGCGGUGGAAGUUCCUGGUGUUUACGGCAGCCGGAUGACAGGAGGAGGUUUUGGAGGUUGUACGGUUACUUUACUGGAGACUUCAGUCGCUGAGCGGACCAAAGAACGGAUUAAGGAGAAAUUCCAAGGAUCACCGUCAUUCUACAUCACCAAGCCUUCGGCUGGAUCUGGGGUCUUGCCAGAAUAACUUUCCAUUGUAACAGGUCCUGCCGUUUGGGAAAUAAAGUAACUAGGUUCCUAUCUUA